CCGAAAAUAGUGACAUUUAAAGAGCACUUUUUUUCUGUUCUUGGACAUAACGUCCGGUAAGAGUGUAUUUAUGGAGCUUCAAAAUUUAUGUCCUGUUUUUUUUUUACACACAGUCCUUGUUUUCGGUGGAGAACUUCAUCCAUUAUAUGACUGUUUCCCUGGAAAUGCUGAUGAAUGAGGUUCCUCGAAUGAUAGUGAAUGUGGUCCAGAUACUGCCAAUGGAGACCCUGAGGGAAGUACAGAAACCCACCCCAGGAUGUCUUCUCCAAAGGUCGUUCUGCUCCUGUCUAGUCAAGCCUGCUGCUGGAUCCUCUGCCCUGAAGGAGCUGGUUGGAGUAAACCUGGAAUUCCAGAAAGCUCUGGAGCAGCUUUUGCACAGUGAUCGAUUCUUUAAGAAGGACUUUGCUGUAGUUUUGCAGCCGUUCCUGAAACAUGCAGAUCCUCCCAGACUCCCUAACGGGAAGAUUGACAUGAGUUUCUUUACCCCGGACUGCUUUCACUUCACCAUGAAAGGACACGAGGAGUUAGCCAAAGGCCUGUGGAACAACAUGUUUCAACCUGAGGGGGAGAAGUUCAUGGUGGAGAGCUUUUCAGACCCUAUCGAGCUUGUUUGCCCCCAGGUGAGUCAUCCGUACAUUUACACCAGACCCGCUGCAGCAAAGUCCGGCUCAUCUCGUCCUGAGUCAGCUGGCAUCAGACUGGCCGUUCUCCACCUCAUGCCUCCUUUGGCGCUUCUGCCACUUUGGACCUUGGCUGUUAAUCUGGCCUCCUUGUAGGACAUCCAUAUGGAGUAUUGUGGUACAUCAUGUCUGCCCACCCGAUGUUCUCACUGUUUUAUCCAUGAGAGAGUGCAACAUAAGAAAACAUAAGUUAGCAGAGAAGAAAAGAAAAUUGGACUUGGCGAAAUAUGGUGGUCAGUCAGUUCCGUAUUUGAUUAAUCUGUGGAGUUUAUGCAAUGGAAACGGUAAUGUUGAAACCUCAGAAUAGACAAAUAUAUGACGAUGAUGAUGAUGAUGAUCCUUUGUGAUAUACCCAACCAAAAUAGCAUCAGAGCAGGUGCAAAGCCACAUUUAGCUCUGCAUAAUGCUGCUAUAAUUAAUUUAGCUAUGAAAGGUAACAGUGUAAGCUAAUUCCAGACGGUUUGAAUCAGAGGUUUCAAUGUAAACUUAUUAAGCUUGUGCAGAUAAAGGAUUUGAAUGUUGAGUGAGAAUAAUUGUUUUUGCUUCCGAAAGCAUGGUGAAAAGUGAACUGUUUAAGAGCUUCCUAAUGCCAGUGAUAAGAUAAUUGCUUUGGAUGCUGCAACAUGAGAAGUGCUUUCGGUCUUCUCAAAUAAAGCUUUCAGAAGGGGUUCUUGUUUUCCCUCUAUUAUUUUCUUUAAAAUUACGUUUUUAGCUUACAUGCUGUCUCCCGUACGCUUGUCUUUCAUGUGAGCAGCACAAUGUGACAUAAAGAUAACUGAACCCUUUUAACCAAAUCAGCCAAAACAUGACCUCCUGCUUAUUGUGCUUACUUGACAAACCCCUGAAGAUGUUCUCUGGUACCUGCACCAAGACAUUAUCAACAGAUCUUUCAUGCCCUGUAGGUUGCAAGGUAGAGCUACUGAAACUGCCAAACUUGUUGUUCCAGUGCAUCUCCCAGAUGCUCAGUUGGACUGGGGAUUUUUGAACUCUUCAUCAUUCUCUUGAACUGUUCUUGAAAAAGAUUCCUUAAUGCCUAUAAUGCAAAACGAGGACACUUCCACUAGUGGGCACCAUUGGAGUUACAAAUUAGGAGAUUUUGCACCAGGAAGCUAUAGGAACUCCGUUAUAGGAACUAUCAACUAGGCCCGGUCCGCCAAGAACAAAUUUCCCUCUCAAGACAUUUAGCUGUUUGCAUUUGGUCGCAUACAUCAUCACUAGGACCUCUGAAGUGACGUAUGCUGUCUGAUAGCAACAUUCAACAAAAUCCAAAA